CACCUUUUUUUUUACAAACGCGCCGAGAAUUUUUCUUCAUUUGGCCACUCUAUGCUGUUUAAAGGAGUUAAAAGUUUUUAGGGUUAGUAGUUUCGGCACCGGUGCGCCAUGCUCUCUCACGCCGACCUCUUGGACACUCGCCUCGGUGAGUUACCGACAUCCAACUCCGGUCUCCAGCUCCACUGGAUGAAGGAUGCUGCGGCUGAGCUGCUGGGACACAGGGAGGCUUUAAAGUGCAGACUCGGAGCAGACAGCGGACACCCGGGCGAUCUGAGCUCGGGACCGGACGCGGUCGAAGGCGCCACGCUGCUCCCCGGGGAAGAUAUAAGCAAUGGUGGAUCAAACCCCGGCGGUAUGCAGCAGGUCGGCGCCAAGGAGCAAGACAAACAGCAACAGCAACAAGGUUCGGGUCAGUCGGGUGGACAGCAGAGUCAGCAGAAACAGAAACGACACCGGACCCGAUUCACACCGGCGCAGCUUAACGAGCUGGAAAGAAGCUUCGCAAAAACCCACUACCCAGAUAUCUUCAUGAGAGAGGAACUGGCGCUAAGAAUCGGAUUAACAGAGUCCCGCGUGCAGGUAUGGUUUCAGAACCGUCGGGCCAAGUGGAAGAAGCGCAAGAAGACGACGAACGUGUUCCGCGCUCCUGGCACGCUGCUGCCCACGCACAGUUUGCCGCAGUUUCCGGCUGCAAUGGGGGACGGCUUGUGCUCGUUCCACGCCAACGACGGGCGGUGGGCCGCGGCGGGCAUGGCCGGGGUUUCUCAGCUGCAGCUGCCUCCAUCGCUAGGUCGCCAGCCGUCCAUGGCGCAGUCGCUGUCGCAGUGCAGCCUGGGAGGCGGGCCGCCGCACAACUCCAUGGGCCUUUCCAAUGGUCUGUCGUCGAACGGCUCGGGCCUGCAGUCACACCUGUACCAGCCCGCGUUCCCCGGUAUGGUGCCAGCCUCGCUUUCCGGCCCGACCAGUGCGAGCGGCUCGCCUCAGCUGUGCAGCUCCCCGGACAGUGACGUGUGGAGAGGCAGCAGCAUCGCCUCCCUGCGCCGCAAAGCGCUCGAGCACACCGUCUCCAUGAGCUUCACCUAAUCAACACGUCGUUUUCGUCCUAAAAAAAAGUAUUUUCACGGACGGUCAAGAGCCACUCAGGAUCCGAGCUCGUAACUGUGAAAUUACAAAUUGGCAGCCUUAAAAGGGGAAAAAAAGCGGAAUCUCAACAACACCCGGACGAUAUUUGACGCACAUGCGCAGUAGUAAUAGCGUCCACGUUUGACACACUUUUAAAUCACGUGUAGGAAACGAUUUAUUUAACUUGUUUUUCCACCCACCCCCUCCCUCUUUUAACGUCCUUAACAAUUAUACGAUUUUGUAUUUAUUGACAAUGAUUUAUUUAUCUAUUUAUUUAUUUAUUUGUUGGUUUAUAAUAAUAUCAUGCUUGUUGUUGAUCAUUUAUCAAAGAACAGUUGGCUUUUUCUUCACUGUCGCGAAAUACUUAAUGUUUUUUGUUGUUUUUUUUUCCACGUAUGUUCAAGACACACGUGUACUGCAUGCACGGAUUGGUUUAAAGCAUGGGUCACGUGUCGAUUUUUUUUUUAAUUUAUUGGUUUAUUUUCUAUUUUAAUUUUGUACAGACAACGAAUAAGAUGUAUAAUGAGCAAAUUCUCAAAUAAUCCGAUUCAGCUGCAUGUAUUGGCAAGAAAGAGCAAAGGAAAUUUAACUCGAAAUGAUCUUGAAUAGGAUACUUGUGUAGAUAAAACUAAUUCUUGUUACCUGCUGGUCUGUUUGUGAUAUGUUUUGACUUACUGUAUGUGCUUAUUACUGAAAUGUGUUUUUUCUUAAACGUUAAUCCUACCAAAUGCAACACACCUGGGCAGGUUUAUAUCGAUUUAUUGUAAAUGGGUGAAUAAAAUCAUUUUCAGUAACGUCAA